AAAAAGAAUGUACAUAAUCACUACGUUUAGGCAACACUAUCAACAAAUAAUAAAUAAAUAAAUAUGCAAUAAAGGAUAAUGAAGUGUUACAAUAUUAUUCUUUAUUUGUAAUUCAGUUUACAUCAAUUAAAGCGUACCGGUUUAAGACCCUUUGACAACAAUUCCCUCUAGUAAGUGCAGUGCAUUCAGUUUUGCGAAUUUUCAACUUGUUGCUUCAUCUAGGUUGAUGCCAACAUGUCUUCACUGGAUGAUUCGAAAUCUUCGGAUGACUCCUUCAUCAUUUUGGGCACCUCUCCAGGAUCCAGCUUGGAUCUCAAAUGUGAGCCCGUGAAUGGUCAGCCUUUGAAUAUGAAGCAGAUGGAAGAUUCCAUUCAGGAUUUUUCCACUGAGGCUAAUAUGGCUUUGAAGGCUCAUUUCAAAUUGGGAGAUAGUCCGUCACCAGCCAGCCUGAUGGUGGCAAGCAACAUGAUCACAGAAGACAUGAGCCUGGAGGAUUUGCAGAAUCGAUUCGGGGAACUCCUCGAUGAAAACUUGAUUCUGAAGGAGACAUUGAAGAAGAACAAUGACUCUAUGAAGGAACAGUUCCUGAUGAUAGCCUCCUGUCAGGAGGAUAUGGUGAAGACGAUCAAGAUGCAGGAGGAUAAAUUCGUGGAGGCUAAGGCUUUAGUUGAAAGGCUUCGUCAAACAAACAAACGUCUGAAGAAAGAGGCGGAGGAGUUCUCACGGUCGGCAGGUUCCAACGGGAGCAAAUCCGGGCCGAGCUCGGCGGUGGAGUUUGUGACGUCACCAGAUGAUGACACCAUCAACAAGCUGACGAGCCAGCUGGAGCUGGUUGAGAAACAGAGGCGACAAUUGAUAGUUGAGAAUGAGAAGCUGACAUGGCAGAAGGAGUCUCUGGAACACAUUGUGGACCUCACGACCAAGGAGCGUGACAGAUUGCUGAAGGCAUUACACGAAGCGGAGAUAAAGAUAUCAAUUAACGAAGAAACCCAUAAUAAUGAAAUAUCAGAAUUGAAAGAAACAGCGAAGACCUUGCGGAAUCAGCUUAUUGUUAGUAACGCCGUGACCAUGCCGACUGAGGAGGUGAUGGUAAGAGAAACGAAGAUUAAAAAUUUGGAGGCCGAAGUGAAUGCGUUACAAGCGGCCAACAAGGAGUCUAAACUUCAGAUAUUGGACCUUUAUAAUGUCAAGUUAGAGCACACAAAAUUUAAAUCCACCUCGCAUGAGCAGUGUAAAAUAUACAAGAUUCAACUGGAGAAGCUGACUUCAAAGCUGAAGGAGGCCCAGAAAGUGGAACUCAAACCGGUAUCCUUGCCAAAGAGUCUCGAGCCAACAUCUGAGGGAACCAUCGUGGAGUACAACGUGAGAUUGUAUGAAAAAGCUUUGAAGCAUCUCUCUGAACAUCUGACGAACGUGAAUCAAGGAUCGCUAAACAGUCUUCGGAAAAUAAUUGAUUUGAUGUCAACCUUAUACGACUACAAAUUGGAACGGAUAAAAGAGGAAGGGUUCAAAGAGGUGCUACUCGACGCCAUGGCACAAUUUGAAAAGCAACAAAACCAUGAUGUGGUACAUAUUGAAAAUGUGAAAUCUGCGCUCGCUGUUUUUGAGAAAAUAUUCACGGACUACAAAAAAUCCCUGACGGCGUCUCCACAACUUCCAUCUCAGUCAACUGAUCUGAAUGCGUUGACUAUCGCGUUAUUAGCGCGCGGAGAAGAGGUUGACAACUUAAAAAUGGAAUUGAGAGAGUUACAGUCUAAACAGGAUGACAUGGCCCUUCUCAGAGCUCAGAUAGACACGUACAAGAUGGAUUUCGAAGCGGAACGCGAGAGCCGAGAAAAGAUGGCCUGCGAGAAGGCGACCCUUGAGGGGAGAUUGCGAACAUCGCUACAGGAAGUGGAGAGGCUGUCUUCCGUGUUGGAAAUGGCCAUAAAGAAAUAUCCAGACAUUAUUCAGACCAUGGCGAGGUCUACCUUCCCAACGGGAUCCACGCGCUCCACGACCAGGGAACAAUCAUCAAAUGCGAGAGACACGAUGUUUAAAUGUCCGCAAUGCACGUAUUUCAAGGCUAAAACGCAGGAGGAGAUUUUUAAGCAUUUAGAUAACUGUUUGGGUCCCAGUUUUUGUAACCCAAUGUAGCCUGGAUAAAGGCAAAAUAAAGUUUGAGUGGAUAAGGUGAUAUAUUGUGAUGAGUUACUAUUGAUUUAGUUAACAUUAGUUUUAAAAUAUGAUCUUCAUUAAUUCAUUGUACCUAUGGUUUUUUUUAUCUAUAAACGGUGUGAUAACCCUACCCAGUUUCAUUUGGUAUAUUUAAAAAUAAAUAGUGUGUUGUAUUUAGAAGAAGAAAAAGAAAAUUUGCUACUAACACAUUCCUUUUUACACUUACGUAAUCUUACGUAUAAAAUUUUUUAUUAGAAAAUUUCACACUCAUGUUCACUAAUUUUUAUUUUUUUAUUAAUUUUGAAGGUUUUUUUCUUUUUCAAAUUAUUAAUUUUUCUUUUUAUUGUGAUACGAAUGGACUGUUAUUUUACUAAAUAACCUUCUUUAAAAUUUAGAUCUUUCUAUUAUAUCAAUGUAGUGCCAUUUAGUAGUAUUUUUGUAGAUAUGUUACAAAACAUACAAAAAAUAUGUAUUAAGUAUUUUCUGUUCAUUGUAAGAAGGUAUUGGAAAAAGACAAUGUAUUGAAAAAUACAUCCGUUAUUUUAUCAAAGUGACGUCAUGUUUAAAAGUUUGAGAAUAAAUAACUGCAAGUUGCUCUUGCAAUAAGAGCUAUUGUUGCAUAUUAAAUAUUCUUCCAAGUUCCAUUUAGUGAGAUUAAGUACCUGUAUUUUAGAUAAUGUAAUGUUGAUCCAAAUAAACUUAACAAUUUAGAAGAGAUUCUCACUUUACUUGAUUUAUGAUUUAACUCACUUACCAACGUAGAUUUUUAGUGAAGUUAUUAAUUUUUUAUUAUUGUUUGCCUUAAUGCUAAGUUUAGUUGUUUUCAUGUUUUAUCAGCGUUAUUCUUUUUAUAUGGUACAAAUUACACAGAUUGAGUUAGUUCAAGACUUAUGUUAGGAGGUUCUCAACGAUACUAUAUUUUAUAAUAAAUACUUACGUGAAUUUAGAUCAACAUCCAAAACGAAGGCCAAUCAAUGAAAGUUUUCAUUCGAUUCUAAUCAUGCCCUGGCCGGGUGUCGAACCCGGGUCCGCAGGUGUCACAGUCACACCAAAACUAACUACCACUGCGCCACAGGGGCUGUCAGAUUCAUUCAUUCAUCAAAUUAAUAUUGAAAUAGUUUUGUUUAAUAAUUUGCAGUUAUUUGAGAAAUAGAUCUGUGGUAAUGAAUUUUAUGCAAUUUUUAUCUAAGUAAAAAACAAACUAAACAAUAAUUGUAAUAUUAAUAAUUCUUUUACACCACGAGAACUAACAUUUUUACGCAUUCCUACAGGUGUAUAACAAAAUCUAUUCAUAUACUAUAUUCAAGUAUGAAUCCGAUAUAUUAUAAAUACGUUUUUAAAGUAUAAGGUAAAUUAUUAUUUCUGAAACCUGAUAACAGAUCAGCUUAAUAUGAUAACGCGGGCGCAUUUCAUGUGAGAUUAUAUAUCAAGUGUCCACUUUCCGAUGACGAUAAGUGACGACUUUUUAGAAACUGAUAAGGAAACCUGAUGAGAAUUGCAAUUCUAUAAUACAAUAUAGAUUAAUGUCUGUGACAGUAAGGAAAUAAUAUAUACGGGGCAGACUGCACAGGUUGAGUUAGCCUUGAAGUAAGUUCGAGACUUGUGUUACGAGAUACUAACUCAACGAUAUUAUAUUUUAUAAUUAAUACUUAUAUUGAUAAACAACCAACACCCAGGCCAAUUAGAAAAAGUUCGUUUCUCAUCUGAAUAUGCCCUGGACGUGAUUUGAGCCCGGGUCCUCCGGGGUCACAGACAAGCGCACUACCGCUGCGCCACAGAGGCCGUCAAAUAAUAAAAAAUAAAUUUGUCUGUAAUAUUUUUAAGCAAAUACGUCAAAUACUCUAAUAUUUGACAUCUGUCACAGAGUUUAAGCUAUAUUUUAUAGAUAAGUAAGUUUGUGGCAUUACAUGUAGUAAAAUAUGAGAUAACUUAGUGUUUUUCUUAAGGAUAGGCAGAAGUUAGAUAAGGUGGAAGACCACUGUGGAAUUGUAUCGUAAAUUAUCGUGUAUUGUAUCUGUUUGUUUUUUGAUAUUUCAUAGAAUUAAAAAACUAUUUCGUGACUUGCAUUAGCCAUUAUAGUUGCAUUGCAUUAGCAUAGCACUUGGUAGCCAAAUUCAGAUACUGAGGGGUUAGUGCGAGUUUUACUUGAUCAAACGCGUUGAGCAAGUAAUUACGAAUUUGAAUGGAAUUGCAUUAGUGCCAUCGUGUAACCACUAGGGGGCGCUAAUGAAAUCACAUACAAAUUCGCGUUUACUUGCUCGACGCGUUUGAUCGAGUAAAACUCGCACUGACGCCUCUGUUUGUUGUGUUGUAAAUAUGACUGUGUUGCAUGUAACUGAAAUUACUUGUCUAUUCUUUAAAAUAAAAUGUUUUGGCAUUAUAAUAUUAAACCGAAGUCAUAUCCCGUUUGGUUUAUUAUAAGAGAUACUCCUCGUCCUGUCUGCAAAGUGUUAAGAAUAACAAAUUAUUGCGAUACGUGAAGUAAAGAUUAAUGUAUAAAAACUGUUUGGUAAAAUCAUCAGUUCGAGAUAAUGACAGGCAUUUGACAACCGCUGACGUAUGGCUUAUCGAUAGUAUCGAUAGGCCUUUCGAUAUUGUGAUGAUAAAUGUGUUGUACACCCUUGCCUCAAUUUUGUAUGCUAUACUCUUAUUGUCAGGUCGGCUGGAAGAGAUCCCACUUAGGGAUAAGCCCGCCUUUGUACUGUACUACUGUUUUAUAUUUGUAAUGUACUCUUUUAGUGAACAAUAAAGCAUUUACUUACUUAUUUUCUUGGGCAAUUAUCGAUAGUGAAACUGUCGAUUGUUUGGCAACGCUAGUGUUUUGUUUGGGUCAAGUUGAUUAAUUUAGAUCUUGGAGUGAGUUUGGUUCUUAUUCCUGACACAAAUGCGUUGAAACCGCGUGGUUUUGGUGGGUUCGAAUCCCAUAUAACCGGCUGGCUACCCGUGAUAUGGAAAUCCUUUUAUUUGAGCAAAAUUCGUAGCUCAGCAUAUCCGUUAAAAUUUAGGGUAGACUAGACAUAGCCAACAUCAAGACAGGAAGGACAUAAACAUGUCGUUAAAAUAUAAGAAAUCUUGUAAUAUUUUGCUGAAAGCGGUUGUCAAAUGUCUAUCAUUACCUCGAAUUUUGGGCGUGGUCCAGACUUUGACCUCUAUAGACAUGGCGCCACCAAUCAGCUGUCUUGUCACUAGUGAUGAGAUUAUCUUAAGAUAACGGUAUUCAGGGUAACAUUGACGUUGUACAAAGCGUGAAAUAUUAGUCGAUUCUAGGAUAUUGUUAGAACUAUAGUAAUUUAGUGAGGUAGAAGUACACACAUAGUUUUGGAAAAAUCACAUGGGAUAACUUAUAAGGCUUGGUAUUCCUUAAAGAUGUAUAGAUGUCAUUCGUUUGUGCUGUUUUAUGCCGCUCCUAAUUAAUGUCAACAACUAUGGAUUCCUUACUAUAGAUUUGUAGUGGGAGUGAAAGAGAUAGAUCAAUAAAUGUUCGUUUUUGACAGCUAUCAGUUAGGCAAUUUUUUCAGUCCAAGGAGCUUGUCAGUCUUACUUAAUAAUAAAAAAACUCGUUCUAAUCAGGCCAGUAAUUAUUACAACAAUCAAAAUGAGUUGAAGAGAAAAUAUAAAAAUAUAAAGACUUUAUAUUCUAAAGUCUAAAGGCUGGUUAAGUUUUUUCUGUGGUUGGUUAUAAUUUCAUAGUUUAUUUUACCAUACUUUCGUGUGUGUGUACUUAUAGAAAAAAAAUUGGCAGCGUCAUGAUAUUGAUGUCAUUCGAAUCUGUAUUGUAAUGGCGUAGAAUUUUUUUUUAAAUUACCAAAUAUUCAUGGUGUCAUAGUAAGGCGGGUUUGAUUAAAAAUAUUUCUUUUGGAAUCUUAGGAAAUUAAAAGAAAUUAUUAAGUUUAAACAAAAUGUGUGAUUUAAAAUUAUGUAAGCUUUAUUUUACUUAGAUUUAGAUAAAACUUCCGUGUCUUUAUGACAAGCACAAUAUAUUUUUUAUGAUUAAAUGUCACUUAAAUGGUU